AUGGAGGAGCAGCAGCCAAUCAGCGCUCAGCCCGACUCCCAAGCCCCGCCCACCGCCGCGGAGGAGGGGCAGCACAUGGAACACCUGACCGUGGCCGCCGACGCCUCCGAGAGCAGUAACGGCGUGGUCCCGGUGCACAUCUCGCCCACCAGCUCCAGGCCCAAACCCGGCAGCAGGUCCGGCAGCAGGUCCGGGUCUGUGGCCGGAGGGUCCCCCAGACCCUCCCUGUGCCGCCAGCCCAGCACCAGCCCGGACGCCGCGCAGGACGGAUCCAAACCCAGAGACUACCUGUUCCUCGCCAUCCUCUCCUGCUUCUGCCCCCUGUGGCCCAUCAACAUCGUCGCUCUCACCUUCUCCGUCAUGUCGAGGAACAGCCUGCAGCAGAACGUGGACGGCGCGCGGCGUCUGGGUCGAAACGCCAUGAUCCUGUCGGUCGUGUCCAUUCUGGGAGGAAUCGCCAUCAUCACCGCCGCCAUCGUCUUCAACUGGGGCCUGAUCCUGAAGUCCUGAUGAGCCCAGACCUCCGGAUCUGACCACUGUCCUUCUUCAACAUGCAAGCUCCUCCUCCUCCUCUGAAGCUCCUCCUCCUCCUCUGAAGCUCCUCCUCCUCCUCUGAAGCUCCUCCUCCUCCUCUGUAGCUCCUCCUCCUCCUCUGUAGCUCCUCCUCCUCUUCGCCUCUUCCUCCUGAUUCGCUCAAACUUCCAAAAACAUUAUGACGCUUCAGUUUAGUUUCAGUUUUCUUCUUCGCUGUUUGCUGCUGCACGUCACGCAUGGUCUUCCUCCCGACUACCUCCAACACAGCGCACAAGCGGCACCACAGCGCCCCCCACUGUUCCUCUGUGGGAGCGACGCCUGUUCGAUUUACGGAAACACUCUCCGCUCCAAAACUCAACGGUUUAUGCCAAAAACUUAACAGAAAAUUGCUGCUGCGAAGUCGAAAUGUUUUUAAGACGUGAAUAAAAAUGAUGCAAGUGAAACGUGAUGAGCCGUGGAUCCUAAAGCUGCUCUCGUUUACAGACUCUCCUGUAAUUUACACUUUACUUUACGCUUUACUUUACACUUUACAUUUGACUUUAGACUGACCCAAACACCAUGAGCUCACGGAUUGCCUUUCUUUGAGACUUUUUUAGACGUUUCGCACUCGAGAGAGAAAAGAGAUGCUUCGGCCGAUUUACGACGGUGGGACCUUGAAAAAACAAGACAAACACGACAAAAACUGGAUCAAAAACCAGAUCCAAGCCCGGACUUAACCAGGUCUAAAUCAAACAGAGGUCUAAUGAUGGUUUACACUCCAAAAUAAUUCCACACUGAAGUAAAUUUUAUUAAUAAAACAGAAAAAAGCAGAAAAGGCACAUGACCAAAAGUACGAUAUUGGAACAUUUUGUGAUAUGGAACUGAAAAAACAGAAACAGAAGUAAAUUUAAAUAAAAUUAUUUGAGGAAAAUAAUCAAAAUCGUUCCAAAAAAUCGGCCAUCGUUUGCGCUGGAUUCUAAAUAAUCGGUAUCGGCCUUGAAAAAAAAAAAUCUCUAAAAACAACCAGGAUAAACCGAGGAUAAUUUUGGAUUUAACAAGGAAAAUCAUGAAUAAAAUCAACUUUAUUUAACAUAUUCUUGUUUAAAAAAAGUCAGAUGAAACCUUGGUGUUACUGUGAUAUUUCGAAUUUGUUGCGAUAUCAAUACUUUUGCGAUAUAUUGUGCAGCCCUGACCCAAACCCUGAGACCCACUGUGCGAAAACUGAGUGAAGUUACGAUAUUGGAACAUUUUGAGAUACGGAACUGAAAAAACAGAAACAGAAGUAAAUUUAAAUAAAAUAAUUUAAAGAAAAUAAUCAAAAUCCUUCCAAAAAAAUCGGCCAUCAUUUGCUCUGGAUUCUAAAUAAUCGAUAUCGGCCUCAAAAAAAAAAAAAAAAAACUCUCUAAAAACGACCAGGAUAAUUUUGGACUCAACAAGGAAAAUUAUGAAUAAAAUCAACUUUAUUUAACAUAUUCUUGUUUUUAAAAAAGGCAGAUGAAACCUUGGUGUUAUUGUACAUAUCGAAUUUGUUGCGAUAUCGAUACUUUUGCGAUAUAUCGUGCAGCCCUGACCCAAACCCUGAGACCCACUGUGCGAAAACUGAGCAAAGUUUUCGCAAAAAAAACCAGAAACAGAAGUAAAUUUAAAUAAAAUAAUUUGAUUAAAUAAUCAGAAUUGUUCCAAAAAUUGGCCAUCGUUUGCUCUGGAUUCUAAAUAAUCGGUAUCGGCCUAAA